UAUGUUAAAUGGUGCCUUGGUGGGUCACCGAAAUUUCCCAAUCUUCUUUCUGGUCUGGGGUAAGAAAAGACUUGGAAAAGAUAGGACAACAAUACCCCCUAUUCACCUACAAUUUUCAAGAUGGCAAGCGAGACUCUGCCGCAAAGCCUUGUAUUUCUUACUGAUGCCGCUCAUCUUCUCAUGAAGACGGCGCCUGAGACCUCGGCGUACCUUAUGACGCGGCGGAACUCGUUAAUACUUCACAAUGAUUUAGAGCAGUCGGACUCGCAAAGACAACACGUGUGCGGUGCUUGUGGACAUAUUAUGAUCCCCGGCCAAGGGAGCGAGUUAAAGAUGGAGACAAAAAUGAAUCCCCAGCGAAAAAAAUUGAAAAGGAAGAACAAUAGUUCCAAGGUUAUAACUGGGAAGAGCGCACCAACAGCCGAACGUCGAAAGAAGUUUACUUGUGGGAUGUGCGGUCGGUAUACCGAUAUCGUACUUCCUCCCGUAGCGCCUAUAUCUAGGCGUCGUCCACUAAAGUCUGCGCCUGCGCUUAUACCCUCCGAACCAUCUAAAGUCUCAGCAAGUGCUAGCAGCAAGAAGAGGGCGAAGAGUAGAAAACAAGGGCUUCAAGCUUUACUUCAGCAGGCUCAAUCUUCUGCGUCAAAACCUCAAACUGGCCUUGGCUUGAGUUUGAGCGACUUCAUGUCAAAAUGAUCUUAGUUGUCGUGGCAGGAGACUUCUCGACCCUUCCAACAGGGGCUAGCAAUCACUAGCUCUCGGGCGAUUGUGGUGCUGUGUGCACUGAUAAGCUUAUUUGAGUUGUGAGAUAUAACUACGACAAUUUGUUACCGAAAAGAAUAAAGAAUUAAAAACAACAAUACGAUUCAAAAUG